AUGACUGUGCUUGAAAACUGGGCAGUAGAAUCAAAUCUCGCCCUUAAUGAGACAAAAACCAAACAAAUGUUAAUAACAACCUCGAAAAUGUUCAGAGUACACGGACUUGACACCGUUGUUCCUGAUAUCAGAGUCAAGGCACAAACAUUAGAGAAAGUUGAAGAAUUCAAACUUUUAGGCACAUGGUUUAGUGAUAACCUCAAAUGGGGAUGUCACAUAAAACACGUAACUUCAUCUUGUUACGCAGUUCUCUCCACCUUAAAGAAAUUAAGAAAUCUUACACCAUUCCAUAUCAAAAAACAGUUGGCAGAAUCUUUGAUACUUUCAAAAAUAUUUUAUAAUAUAGUCGUCUAUCACCCACUACCCGCGACCCAACUAAAGAAACUACAGCGCGUCCAAAACGCAGCCGCAAGCUUUGUAACCAACAAAUACUGUCGCAUAGGAGAUGUGUUGUCAUUGGGAUGGCUGCCAAUACAUGAAAGAACCGAACUUGAACUUAUGCGUUUCGCGCACAAGUCCAUAUGGGAUCAUUCCUGGCCUCAAUACCUGAGAUUAGAACUGCGUACUAACAAUCGACUACUUCGAUCAAGUAAUGCCCCAUCGUUAAUGGUACCAUUGGAAACAGGAACAUUCCAGGAUUGUUGUGCGAAGAUUUUUAAUGAACUACCUACACAUUUGAGAAAUGUUCACGAUUACAGACCCUUUUUGAACACACUCAAAACUCUCCUUCUGAAUAAGGCUCGAGAACGAAUCGAACAUUUAUAACAUUUUAGCUAUUUGAUUCAAUUUUUAGCUUAACUAUUUCAUAUACAUUAAUCUCCUUUUACUAUUUUUCCAAAUAUCAUAUAUACAUAUAUAUUUAUCUUAGUUUAGGUAUUAAGGAUGUAGAGCUACCAUGUAGAUAUGCCUUAAUAAAUUCGUUAUUAUUAUUAUUAUUAUUAUUACUAAUGAGAAAGGAAGUAUCAGUCGCCUCAAUAGUUUGGUACGAAAACUUGAGCGGACAGACUUUACAACGCCUACGACCAAAUCAUACGAGAUCAGUUAGAAGGAGGUAUUGUUGAAUCUGCUCCAACUAAAGCCGAAAACCAGGAAUUCUACCUUCCCCAUAGAGCAGUUGUAAGAGAUAAAGCAGAAACAACGAAGCUUCGGGUUGUAUAUGAUGGUUCCGCUCAAGAAACCCUAUCAGCACCCUCACUAAACGACUGCCUUAAUCCAGGUCCUCCCUUACAGAACCGGCUAUGGGAUGUGUUAAUUCGACAAAGAGGUUUUAUCCAGUCGCUGUUAGUGGAGAUAUUCAAAAGGCAUUCCUCCAAGUACGCAUUAAGGCUGCUGAACGUGACGCUCUAAGAUUUCAUUGGAAACAUCCUGGGGACAAUCAAAUACAUAUCUACAGGUUCACUCGUGCCCUCUUUGGGUUAACAUGCUCACCCUUUCUCCUCGGAGGAGUUAUUGAUCAGCAUCUAGAACUUUGGCGUGACAGGAAGCCUGCGAUAGUGGAGGAGCUAAGGAAGAAUUUGUAUGUUGAUGAUCUAUUAUCUGGCGGAAACACUGUUGCAGAAGCUCGUGUUAAGAAGUUAGCAAUGACCGAAGUACUGGCUGAUGGUGCUUUCAAGUUACAUAAAUGGAAUUCCAAUGAAAAGGAAUUAGAGGACGGUGAAAAAACUAGCAGUGAGUGUGAACAAACAUUCGCAAAAACACAGUUAGGUGUGGAACCGAAUGAGUCCAAAUUACUCGGUCUUAAAUGGGAAAAGGAUGAAGAUACCUUGAGUGUUGUGUUCCCAAGUGAUCCACCAGCGACUACUAAGCGUGGAAUGUUGAGUAAAUUAGCAAGAGUCUAUGAUCCUCUCGGAUUAGCUUCGCCAAUCACCGUAAGCGGGAAGAUGGUAUACAGAGACGUAUGCGAUUCGAAGGCCUCGUUGGGAUGCAGAACUCAGUGGUCAAAGUGCUCAGGAGUGGAGUAUGUGGGAGAAGAGAAUACCCUA